CCUCAAUUCCAUACUCUUCCUCCUCCUUUAAACAUUUCACCAGGAGGGUUUGUUUUCUGUUCCAUUUUCUGUCGCUUUCCCUGGAAAUCUCAGUUUCCAUUUUUGUUAAGGUUCCAAAACCCAGAAAAAAAAAAUGGUUUUUCCAUUGAGUUUUACUGAUAAUCUUUCCAUUACAAACAGACCAAGAAUCCCAAAAAUGGUUUACACUUGUAGAAGGGUGUCAUCUCAUCAGCUUCACUUGAAACCAAUCUACUGUUCUGCUCAGCACCAUAAAAUUUCUAGUAGUCCUAAUACCAUUGAGGACAGAAAACCCAAAACCCAUGUUAUAGACCCUAUCAUAUUGACAACUACUAGGGAGGUUUCUCCCAAGAAGAAGAAAAACAGGGGAAAUGAGAAGAGAAGUUGGUUUUCUCAUGCCGGAAGGGAAGAGAUGAUGGUUUUGUGUGGGUUUGGGUACUGGGUGCAAGGCUUCAGGUGCUUUCCGUGGUUGGCCCUCAACUUCCACAUGGCUCAUAAUCUGAAUUUGUAUCCAUCAACAUUGCAGCUUGUGCAGAACUUUGGGAACCUUCCCAUGGUGGCUAAGCCUCUCUAUGGGGUGCUAUCUGAUGCUCUUUCUAUUGGUGGUGCUCAUCGGAUACCUUAUAUUUCCAUUGGAGUCUUUUUGCAGGUCCUGUCUUGGGGAUCAUUGGCACUGAUUCCUGUUGCAGGCAAAGCCCUUCCUACUCUUAUGGCAUGUGUUCUCCUAAGUAAUCUGGGAGCAUCCAUUACAGAAGUUGCAAAGGACGCUCUUGUGGCAGAAUAUGCACAAAAACACAAAAUUGCUGGACUCCAGCCUUAUGCUUUCAUGGCUUCAGCCAUGGGUGGAAUCCUGGGAAACUUAGUAGGGGGGUGUUUCUUGCUCAAAGCACCACCCAGAACCAUAUUCCUCAUAUUCUCAAUUUUAUUAUCUCUUCAACUUGCAAUUGCUUUAUCAGCACGAGAGGAAUCUCUUGAUUUUGCUAGACCAUCAGAGUCUAGUCUGGCCCGAAAAUCGGUUCCAGAAAGUAUAAGAAAACAGCUAUGUGAUCUUAUGACAGCUAUUAGUGAGGAAAGCAUCUCUCGACCUCUUAUUUGGGUUGUUGCUGCUAUUGCCAUGGUUCCCGUUCUGUCUGGUUCAAUCUUUUGCUAUCAAACACAAUGUCUAAAUCUUGAUCCAUCAGUUAUUGGGAUGUCACGAGUGAUUGGCCAGUUGAUGCUUCUUUCCUUGACUGUUCUUUACAAUCGUUACUGGAAAGAAAUGCCGAUGAGAAAACUGAUUGGUGCCAUACAGGUUCUCUAUGCAUCUUCCCUUCUUCUAGACCUCGUUUUGGUAAGACAGAUUAAUGUUGGACUCGGAAUUCCCAAUGAAGUGUUUGCCCUUGGUUUCUCUGGUUUAGCAGAACCUCUUGCACAAUUUAAGAUCCUUCCUUUUUCAGUGCUGCUGGCAAGUUUAUGUCCCCAGGGUUGUGAAGGAUCUCUUACUUCAUUUUCCGCAUCUGUGUUGUGUCUGUCAUCAGUUUUCAGUGGGUUUCUGGGUGUUGGACUGGCUUCUUGGCUUGGAAUAACAUCUGGCGACUACUCAAGCCUGCCUGCUGGAAUUUUGAUACAGUUCCUUGCAGCACUUGUACCUUUGGGAUGGAUACAUCAUGUCCCCAUGUGUCAAUCUGUUCCGGAGAAGGAAAGAAAGAGAGUUAUGAGUAAAAGAACUCGGAGAAACAGAAGAGUAGGAAGAGUAGUGGUUGGUUCAAUAUUUGUUUAUCGCCGAGAAAGGGAAUCAGAGGCACCAAAAUAAAGAAGUUACAGAGUUUUGUGGUAAGAAUUCUUCAGAAACAGUAGAGCAAGAAAGCUGAGGUACCAGUUCUUCUCUUAAGUUGAUGGCUCCAGUCUCUGCACAUCAGUUAUUGCUUCCUCGCACAUGUCAGCCAUUAUAGAAGCCCAGGUCGUUAUUGUACAUUCAGAAGGAGCUUCUCCUUCUCCUUCAUUACUUCCACUUGGACCUGCAAAAUUGUUCCAUCCAAUUUCUUUCAAGCAUCCUUUGCUUCCAUUUCUGCUGCUAUUCUAGUGAAACCAUCUUUUAGCAAUUUGGAAGCUCAACAUGAAUUUGCUGGCGCAAAGACUGAUGCCAAAGCAAUAAAGGCACCCAGAUGAUCUGUAUCAGCAUGCUUGUGGAAGGACAAUGUAAUCUGCAGGUACUCCAGGGUUGCUGAAAAUGCAACAUUUUUGCAACAGUAAAUGUACAUGGUUUUACUGUUUCUUGUAUGAGAAAAUCCUACAUACGUAAGGAUAUUACAUAAGUGAGAAGGCAUUCAGUUCAAGCCUACUGAUUUGCCUAAUUACCUCGCCCUGGUUUUGUCAUUUGAUUAACGUGAUUUACAGAGACAGGAUGUACAAUAUGUCUAUCUUGUAGUCCUUUGGAAAGCAAAUUAUGGCUAUGCAAAACAUACCCUAAAGCAAUAAGAUAUUUUGGGGAAAAGGCCAUGAUACAGGGUUAGGGUCAUUGCUCUGUGGUCAUGAUCAUUGUGUGAUACAAGACAAUAAACAACCUAUGCACUC